UUUUUGAAUUUUCGUUUGAAUGUUCCGUUUUGUAACUAAUUGUUGAGCAUCUAUUACUAUCUUUAUUUUAAUUUAUAAGUUAAAAGGCGAAAACCCGCAACAGUGAAAAGCUUGUUUCGUUUCACUCUUUUUACUCCUUCUGACUUUGAUCAGCACCCCAUGCUGUGGUGUGAUGUGAAAGUAUCAGGGUAAUUUACCUACUCAUGCAGUAUGCCAAAGCAGUCGGCUGCACCAAAUUCUCGCAAAACAGCUGAGCCAACUGUAUCAUACGGAACUCCUCGCGCUGCUCAGAAUCGAUCCCAUGGUGAGGCUGCUUCGUCCAAUCACAAUGAUACGAGUGCUACUGCCUCAGAAUUGUCUUCCCGCGUCCCUUCCGAGCCAUCGCUCGGGGAAAUCUUGCAGCGAGCUCAGAACUCCAGCGGAGAACCGGAGAGUGGUCCCCCACGGGCCGACAGCUUAGCUGUUCUUCUAGAACAAGGCCUGAAAAGCGGCGAUCUAUCCCUCCUGAACAGCGUCUUAGAUCGCAGUGAUGAAACCAUCAUCCGGAAAACUAUUGAAAACCUCCCCGUUCAGUAUACAGUCUCCCUUAUCCAGCAUUUGGGCAAGGUCUGCGCGGAAGAACGCGCCAAACCCAAUAAAGCCCCGUUGCACUGGUUGUCGGCGGUGCUGACCAUUCGGUCGUCGUACCUCACGACUGUUCCCGAUUUGCCUGUUUUGCUUAGCCAUCUGUAUGCGCAUGCCGAUCGCCGAACAAAAUACACAGACCGGUUUGUUAAAUUGGCCGGAGUGGUUAAUGCGUCGGUGGAUUUGGCCAAACAGCGGAUUAGUCAACGAACGGAAGCGCAGUUGGCUGAGAAGAAAGCGAUACUGGUGUAUAAUGAGCCGCUGGAUGAUACUAGCACAUCGGAGAGCGAUGAUGACGACGCUAAUGCUAACGAAAGUGACCUGGAGAUGCCAAGUAACGAAUCCGACGCCAAUAGCUCAAGCGACUCUAAUGAUGAACCACACUCGCGAAAGAAACGUAGGAAAUCCCCUACGGACACUGAAAGCGAAGAAGAAGACCCCCGACAUCGAACCGGCACUAAAUUUCCCCUUCACAAAGAUAGUGAUGAAGACUAAUUUUUGAUGUUUCACUGACAAUCACCAUUUUUGCAGUUCCAAUCAUUGCGUUGAUAGCGAAGUGAUUGUUAUCCAUUAAAGUUACAAAUUUGAAAGAAACUAAAGAUAGUUGCAUCGA